UCUUAACAUUCUAAAUAUGGCCUUGUUUAAUGGGAUAGAUCUUAGUCACGCGUCUUCGCAUUUGUUACGUACAAUAUACAUCUCGAUCUUGGACACGCCCCUGUGCCCCUCAUAUCACCAUAUCACGACCACCAACAAAUCCCGAAAUCCUACACUACUCUCCAUCUGAUCCACUUAUACCCAAAAAGGGAACAAUUGAUUAUACCCCCAAAACCCAAAACCUCCCCAUCCGUCCAACACCCCUGUACGGAUCAGAAAUCUUCCGCGUCGAAACGAAACACAACUCAGCCGCGGGCGUUGUGGCGCAUUGCGGUCCCUCUGGCGCCUCGCGAUCCGGACAGGGAAGAGCAAACAAAACUGUUGUCGUUGGCUCGCUUGCGCUUGGCUGGGAUAUUUUUGGAUCUUUCUCACGUCAGCGGGUGCUGGGCGAAUGGGAGAUUUACCUUUGACAUGGAUGGCUGAUGGGUUGAAGAUUUGAUGUAAGCCGUUGGUGAGUUAUGAGAUGGGAUGCGAAUAGAUACGGUGGUGGUCUUGAGGCGGACGCGCGGUCAGCGUAUAUGGACUGUGCGCAUCAUUUCCCGAAUUCAAUCAUUUGACUCCUACUCCCAUCUCACCCCACCACCCUCCCAAACCGCCAAAAUGCAACUCGCACCACUCCUCGCCGCAACCAUCCUCUCCCUUACUACCACCACCAUCGCCACGCCCAUCACCCAGAGGAACUACCCCAUCCUCUCCCUGACUGCUCAACUCGCGCUCGCCGACACCUCCGCGGACCGCAUCGCCCUUCUUCCCGAUCACUCCUCCUUCCUCUUCAACUUCGACGUCAACCGUGGCAAUGGCGGCAAAGGCGGCGACAUCAUCCUCGCAAACCGCAAGACAUUCCCAGCGCUUGUGGGCACGCAGUCUGCGAUGGCUGUUGGAUUCCUCGGUCCAUGCGGAUUUAACACUCCCCACGUUCAUCUCCGCGGCACCGAGCUGCAGGUCGUCACCCAAGGCAUGAUUCACACAGAGAUGAUUGUCGAGAAUGGCGUCUUCACGACCGCCGGCAACGCCCAGAGCGGGCGCCGCCUGGUCCAGAACGACGUCAGUGCCAACCAGAUGACGGUCUUCUACCAGGGCAGUGUGCACACACAGUUCAACACCGGGUGCAAGGCAGCUACAUUUGUGGCGAGUUUGAGCUCGGAGGACCCGGGAACUGGGCAGGUGGCGGAGGAGCUGUUCGCGCUGAGUGGGGAUGUGGUCAGCGCUGCUUUUGGACAGGCGGUGGAUGGAGCGCAGGUUGAUGAUUUCAAGGGGAGGAUUCCAGCUAGCAUUGCAAAGGGGGUUGAGCAGUGUUUGGCGACUUGUAAAAUUGCAAAGAGGAGCGCUAAUGUUUAGGCGAUGGAUGGAUGGAGGGAAUGGUUUGCAUUGCAUUGAUGUUUGGAUAUAGUAUUUAGGCGAUGGAUGGAUGGAGGGAAUGGUUUGCAUUGCAUUGAUGUUUGGAUAUAGUAUUUA